AAGCAACGUUACCCCUCCCCGCCGGUGUAGAGCAAUGGUCAGUAGCGUCAACAUGGCGUCGUUGGAUGUCAUUGUGGAUAAGUUGGUGGUACUGUGGAGGAUACCGGCCGUCCGACAGAAGUUCCCCUGGAGUUUUUUGCUCAUCUCGGUCGCGGGGUCCGUCCUGAAAGAGCUGGAGCUCGUCCCGCAGACGUAUUUCAGCAGCAGCAAAAACGCCCUGAACGUGUAUUUUGUUAAAGUGUCCUGGGGCUGGACGCUGCUGCUGCUAACCCCCUUCCUUCUACUCUCCAACGCCUCCUUCAACAGGAGUGUCUCCUUUCUCGCCCGGCGGCUGCUGUCUCUGGUGGUGGCAACAGCUGUCUGGUACAUCUGCACGGAGACCUUCUUCUACAUCGAGGAUGUGACCGGUUCUUGUUAUGAAAACAGCUUGGUAAAGGUUGAUUACAAGGAUUUCACAUCGAAAGCUGUCUGCAGGCGGGCCGGAUUCCACUGGGUUGGCUAUGACAUCUCAGGACACUCCUUCAUCUUGGCGUACUCGGCACUCUUCAUCAUGGAGGAAAUUGCCCCAAUGAGCUCUCUCAAUACCACCAGCUUGUCUGGGCUUCCCAGGAAGGUCUUGAGCCUGCUGUAUAUAGCCUUGAAUCUUAUCAUGAUCAUUUGGGUGUGGAUGUUCACGUGCACCUCUGUUUAUUUCCAUGAUCCAUCUCACAAGUUCUUAGGAACCAUAUGCGCCCUGCUGGGGUGGUAUUUAACAUAUCGGGUUUGGUAUCUAAAGCCAAUGUCACCAGGACUUCCCCCUCAGCGCCACCCAAAAGAACAGAAGCCACAUGCCUAAGCUGAACACACAAGUAAAACCAUCCUCAAAAUAACACACUACAUUUGACGCUAUCUGCAUCCAGGUCCAAGCCAGCAACUCUACUUGAAGCUAUUUUAAGUAAUUCCCCUCUUCGCAGGCCGGUCACCUUGUACACAAUGACUUGCUUGCAAUCCUUCAUCUGUUUUUAUCAGCUGCUGAUCCCAAAAUGACUUGUUGUAAUCUGAGAUAAAACCACAGAGCUGCUCUGCUGCCCAGCUUCAGUCCUCUCACCUUCAGCCUCAAGGUUCGCUAUUAUUUGCCUGCCUUACAAAAGUAUUUGCAGUUUUUAGAUAUUUAUGGGAACAGUUGAGAAUGUUUACAGCUCCAGUUGUAUAGCACUGAUGAUGUGUGUUUUUUGCAGACCAAUGUACAGUAAAUGUUCAUUGUUAUUUAUUUAGAAAGCUUUGAACAAGUCACUGUAACCCAGUGAAGCUGCAUUUCGUCCUACGUGUAAUAUUUUAAAUCUGGUUUUUUGAUCGUGCAUGAUUUGGGGUCAGAGUAACUGUGUGUCAACAUUAAGUGUAGUUUACGUUUGUUCAGGGAUGUAGAAUGUGGUUAGGAAUAGGAAUUUUAAUAUAUUUAAUUAAGAAAUAUUAUUAAGGUUGGAAAUAUUCAGUAUUGAGCUUUAACUAACAUUUAUUUUCAUCAUUAAUUGAUAUAAAGAGUUUUUUUUUUCCUGUUAAUUAUUUCAUGAAAAAAUGCCUAAACUGUUUAAAGAAAACUAUUUAUUCCCUACAGCAAAGAUAUAGUUUAAAAACAUGGAGGAAAAACAACUUUAUACUUAUGUUGGCAUCCGCUUUCGAAACACUAUCAAUUUUUAUUUUAACUGGUCUUUAAAAGACCAGUCAGACCAAGAUUAAUAUUCUUCUGUGCCAUAAUUUUCUGUUUCCGAACAAAAGCUAUUAAAAAUGCUGAACAGUGUAGUUUACUGGUGCUCCCUUUGCUUUUUAGGAUUCAGCUUCAGAUUUUUCUUUUCCAUAAAGUUUAUAGUUAGUUGGGUGACCCUGAAUCAUCCCUUAGUUAUGCUGCUAGACGACUUCCCAUGAUGCACUGAGUACUCUCCACUUCACACGUGUUUAUUCGUCACUGCUGCAUGUCAUUAACUUCUGUAGUUUGUGUUUGGACCUGCUUGUUGGUCGUAAUCUCCUGUCUUGCCCUACUUAACCCUCAAACCCCAGCUGGCCUAGGUUAGCCCUCUCUUCCUUUUUAAAAGGGAGUUCUUCCUCCUCAUUGUCACUAAGUGCUUGUAGGGGAUCAUCUGAUGGUCCUUAGCUCACACUAUAAAGCACCUUGAUCUGUGUGAUUUGGCCUUAUAUGAAUAAAUCUGAAUUCCCACUUAUACAAUCUUGCUGCCUUAAACACUCAGCAGUACAUCUCUGGUAGAAACCACAGCAUAAAUUUCACUUUAAAAGCUGAACUUUUAUAUUUUUGAUUUACACAGUCAGCAGGAAGGAGGAGCCAGAGAGAUUUGUGUAAAAAGAGUGAGCUAUGAGAAAAAUAUAGAAUGACACCAGUCAUAUUUUGUUAAACUUCUGUUAAGCUUACAUAUGUAAAUCACAGAAGAAUGUUUCAGUUUUCUGCUGUUGGGAUUUAUGUAUCAAAUAUAAAAAAACGGACUUUCUCCUCUGUGCAGGAAGCUCUGAGUUUUUGUCCAAAUAAACCAACAAAAAAAACGUUC